UGCCGCCGAAUGCCACGAGCUGCCGGGUCAGUUAUAGAUGUUGUGUUAGAAGGGGGUUCUUUAUGGAUAUUUGGGGCUUUUUUCUUUGCGGGGGGGGGAAAUGCUAGCUGUCGUGGUUUAGGGAUGGAGGAGCAGCAGAUGUGAGGACACAUUCCUGCAGCGGCAAACCAAACCCAAAAUCGGACUGUUUUUUUUUUUUUUUUUCUUUUUUUUUUUUAACUGUGACUUCAGUUUUUCCCCUCAUUGAUGGAAAUGUAACGUUUUCACUGAAGCAGGACGACUUUUACUUUUGAGCGUUUUGCGGACUUGCCACUCUGGAUUGAAUUUGCGCCAUGAGGACACGCACCGGAGCGCUCGCCCGGUGAAAUCACUGCAGCCUGCCGUGCACCGCGCACCACAGCCCCGCCGUCAGCCCGCACUGCUCCGCUGCGGAGCGGAUGUACCACUUUGAUACAAUUCAACAAAACCACCCUCUCAACAUUUUUUUUUUUUUUUUUUUUUUUUGGGGGGUGGGGGGAGAAAAUGAUUGACAAGGCGCACUAGUGUUAAUUGAGCUAUUUAAUCACUCAACAGGUCCGAUUUAAAGCUUGGAAAUGGAAUUAAUGCAUGUCAUUGCGCUGCUGCUCUUGUUCUGGGUGUGCGCCGAGGCGGUCAUCAACCUGAAAUAUGGAAUUAACGAGGAGAUGAAGCCCGGCUCCGUGAUUGGGAAUGUGACAAAGGACGCGCUCAAACAGGGAUUCCAAAUCGCGCCUCAGCCGCCCUACUUGCGGGUCAUCUCCAACUCGGAGCCGCGCUGGGUAGAACUGAGCCCGGCGGGAAUUCUUACCACGCAGAUGAAGAUCGACCGGGACGUCGUGUGCCGGCAGAACCCCAAGUGCAUUAUCUCCCUGGAGGUGAUGUCCAACUCUAUGGAGAUCUGCGUCAUCAAAGUUGAAAUUGAGGAUUUGAACGACAACGCACCCAAGUUCCCCACCAACCACAUCGACAUUGAGAUCUCCGAAAAUGCCUCCCCCGGGACCAGGUUCCCCCUAGAGGGGGCGAGUGAUCCGGACUCGGGCGUCUUCGGCGUGCAGUCUUACUCCAUCACCCCCAAUGAGCUCUUUGGGCUGGAGAUCAAAACGCGAGGGGACGGCUCCAAGAUUGCAGAGCUCGUGGUGCAAAAAUCAUUAGACCGAGAGACUCAGUCCCACUACAGUUAUGAGAUCAGCGCCGAGGACGGAGGAGACCCUCCAAAAAUAGGCGCGGUCCAAUUAAACAUCAAAGUCAUCGACUCUAAUGACAACAACCCUGUCUUUGACGAGCCUGUGUACACUGUUAACGUGAUGGAGAACUCCCCCAUCAACACUUUAGUCGUAGACCUGAACGCAACAGAUCCAGAUGAGGGCACCAACGGCGAGGUGGUGUACUCCUUCAACAGUUACGUCACCGAGAAGACGAGGGACGCUUUUAAAAUUGAUUCCCGUACCGGAAUAAUCACCGUCAACGGCGUUCUGGAUUACGAGACCACCCAGAUUUACGAGAUUGACGUGCAGGCCAAAGACCUGGGUCCCAACUCCAUACCGGCACACUGCAAAGUAACGGUAAACGUGAUGGACACCAACGACAACCCGCCCGUCAUCAGCCUCCUGUCGCUCAACACAGAGAUGGUGGAGGUGAGCGAGAACGCUCAGCGAGGCUAUGUCAUCGCCCUGGUGCGCGUCUCCGACAAGGACGCCGGGGCCAACGGUAAGGUGCAGUGCCGGCUCCAGGGCAAUGUCCCCUUCCGGCUGCAGGAGUACGAGAGCUUCUCCACCAUCCUGGUGGACGGACGGCUGGACCGGGAGCAGAAGGACACGUACAACCUGACCAUCCAGGCCGAGGACAGCGGCGUCCCGCCCCUGCGCGCCAUCAAGUCGCUGGUGGUCAAAGUUACGGACGAGAACGACAACCCUCCGCACUUCCUCAAGCCGCACUAUCAGGAGAUGGUGAUGGAGAACAACCUGCCCGGUUCCUGCCUGCUGGCGGUGUCGGCAGAAGACCCCGACUUGGGCAUGAACGGCACCGUGUCCUACUCCAUCGUCCCCGGUGAGAUUAAGCACAUGGACGUUAACACGUACGUGAGCAUCAACCCGUCCGGCCGCAUUUACUCCAUGAGGUCCUUCGACCACGAGUACACCAGGACGUUUGACUUCAAAGUCCUCGCCAGGGACAACGGCAACCCGUCCCUGUCGAGCAACGCCACCGUGAGAAUCGUGGUGCUGGACGUCAACGACAACACCCCCGUCAUGACCAACCCGCCUCUGGUGAACGGCACCGCGGAGGUGUCCAUUCCCAGGAACGCCGGCGUGGGCCACAUGGUCACCCAGGUGAAAGCGGACGACUACGACGAGGGCGAGAACGGCCGCCUCACCUACACCAUCUCCGAGGGCGACCGGGCCUUCUUCGAGAUAGACCAGGUCAACGGGGAGGUGAGGUCCACUCGCAUGUUCGGGGAGAACGCCAAGUCCACUUACGAGAUCACGGUGGUGGCACGCGACCACGGCAAGCCCUCGCUGUCCGCCUCGGCCUACAUCGUGGUGUACAUCUCGCCGAACCUCAAUGCCCAUGAGUCCAUCGGACCAGUCAACCUGUCUCUCAUCUUCAUCAUCGCGCUGGGCUCUAUCGCCGCCAUCCUCUUUGUCACCAUGAUCUUUGUGGCCGUCAAGUGCAAGAGGGACAACAAGGAAAUCCGGACCUACAACUGCAGUUUCUUCUACUUGCGCAGGGUGGCCGAGUACUCCUACGGCAACCAGAAGAAGUCGAGCAAGAAGAAGAAGCUGAGCAAGAACGACAUCCGCCUGGUGCCGCGCGAUGUCGAGGAGACGGACAAGAUGAACGUGGUGAGUUGCUCCUCGCUCACCUCCUCGCUCAACUACUUCGACUACCACCAGCAGAGCCUGCCGCUGGGCUGCAGGCGCUCCGAAAGCACCUUCCUCAACGUGGAGAACCAGAACUCACGCAAUGCCGCGCCCAACCACGGCGGCUAUCAGCACCCGUUCACCGGGCAGGGUCACCAGCAGCCAGACCUCAUCAUCAACGGCAUGCCGCUGCCAGAGACGGAGAAUUAUUCAAUUGACUCCAGUUACGUGAACAGCAGAGCCCACCUCAUUAAAAGCACGUCCACCUUCAAGGACCUGGAGGGGAACAGUCUGAAGGACAGCGGGCACGAGGAGAGCGACCAGACCGACAGCGAGCACGACGUCCAUCGAGGACACUACGUUGACACGGCCGUCAAUGACAUGCUCAACAUGACCGUCCCCCCCAAUGUUUGCCAGCUGCCAGACCAAGGCGGCGAUCCCGCCGAGGGCUUCCACUGCCAAGACGAGUGCCGCAUCCUCGGACACUCGGACCGCUGCUGGAUGCCGCGCGUCCCCAUCCCGGCGCGCGUCAAGUCGCCCGAGCACGCCCGCAACGUCAUCGCCCUGUCCAUCGAGGCCACCACGGUGGACGCCCCCCACUACGAGGACGGCACGGCGAAAAGGACUUUUGCCACCUUCGGCAAGGACGGCCACGAGGACGCGGAGCGGGGCGACGCCAAGGGGAAGCGGACUCAGGAGCCGCAGGUGUGCAGCCCCAAGGCCAACGGCGGGGCGGUGCGCGAGGCCGGCAACGGGCGGGAGGCGGCCAGCCCCGUCACCUCCCCCGUGCACCUGAAGAGCCCGGCGGCCAAGCCCUCGUCCGCCUACAACACGCUGAAAUGCCGCGACGCCGAGCGCAUCGCCAACCACAGCCUGCUCCGGCAGCCGGAGGGGAAGGACAGUGAGCCGUCUGUGCGGGAGAUCAACACGCUUCUCCACGACUGCCGCGACAAGGAGUCCCCCGGCAGCAAGCGCUUGAAGGACAUCGUCCUCUAGCCCGCUUCCGCCGCCCCUUUCACGCAAACUCACCUAUAAAUAAAUAUAUAUAUCCUGCAAUAGCCGUGAGGAGCGUGGGACCAGACCAGACAUUGGCAGUCUGCAACGUCCAGGAGUGUGCUGCAGCUGGUUGUGUGCUCAUGCCAAGGUAGUGGAUGUGGCUUUGUCGUAGUCGCUGUACUUCCCCCGACCCCGUUUUCGCCUUUGAUUUCUCCCCGUUUUUCCGCCAACCGGACAGGCAAGGUUGGCGUCGACUGCACGGACGUUGGCUCUCGGAGCUCGCCGGCCCUGACGCCAAAGCAGGACAAGGCGUGGACCACGGCAGCAUACAGAUAUGCCUUUCCCCCCCCCCACGACUUUUCUAUCACCGUUAAAUAUUGGCCUUCUUUGGUUUUUGCAGUCCCCCGCUGCCAAAAUCGGCGUUCCUUUUUGUAUAGUGAGCUCUGUCGACGUGAGGGGGAAAAAAAAAGACGCGGAUCAGGGAAAAGCUCUCCGAGAUCCGAAAAACGGACGGACCUGGCCGGACCGCGCCACGUCUUGAUUGUAGCCUCCGGUCUCGUACCCUAUUUUCCGACUUUUGGACUACGGGGCUAGGUUUAGAAGGGGAUCGUCACUCUUGUCUUGCUCUGUGGAACUCUUUAUCAUUUUUAUUAACCUGUUGUAACGUGACAAUCCCUUUAAAUGUUUGCUUUUAACAAAUUGAAAAGAUAAUAAACAUAAACAUUGGUGUUCGACUGAAGCUACGGUAGCGUUUGUUACACAAACACAAAAUUGAAAAAAAUGCCAAAAUAUAUUUUAUAAAUAAUUUAAAAAAUGUAUAAUGAGAAUAUUUAAUGAUGUGUAGUUAUUCUAUGAGUAAGUUAUACUUGAAAUUAACUUGCUUUUUUGUUCUUUGCUUUUAUAUUGAACCUCUUUUGUUUUGAAAAUGAACUGUUUUUGGGUUGUUUUGUUUUUUUAGUUUACUGUGUUACCUCCCCCCCUGGAAACUGUUGACUUGUUGUAAAGAGUUUCUCAUUGGUCAGUUCUUGUGCCAUCAAGUUUCUGUGUGGGCUACUAGAAAAUGUAAAAAAAAAAAAAAAAUGUAAAAAAAAAAAAAAAAAAAAAAAAAAAUUCUAUUUCCGCACCAAUUAAUGUGUCAGUUCAAUGAGCUUAGAGUGAGAUGGCAAAAGAAACCAAAAAAAUGAAUAAAAGAUCGCACAUCUUGAAUAUGGGGUUCCACCAGGCGCCUUACUUAGCCCCAGACAAGUUUAGGAAAAACUUUUAAUUUCUAAACCUUCAACCUUUUUUUUGUUUUUUGUUUUCUCCAUCUGUGUUGAGUUUGAUAUAUAAAGUUUUGACCAUAGUGAUAUAAACACGACUGCCCGCCCAGCCCUUUCAAAAGCGGCGCAGCAGGCGAGGAAAAACGGUGUCAUUCUGGAACGAGGCCUGCAGCACAUGAUGUGCGUUUUUUAUGUUGCUUUGCGGUAAAUGAUGUACAACGUGGAACAUGUGACUGGAAGUAAACGGACUGCACACAUACUAAAAACAAACAAACAAAAAAAAACUAGAUCUUGUAGCUGAAUGUUUUGCUGGUCUCACCCUUGGCUUCUGGCAAAAUGAACAUCGGAAUAAUCACUGAAUGUAUACAGCAGCUUAUAAUUAAACUAUUAAA